GCUAAGUUUAGCAUUCAACACGUGUCGCCAGAGAUGGAGGGGAGGGGGGGAGAGAGGGAGAGAGAGGGGGAGAGAGAGAGGUUGACGGUUGCUAGGUGACGGGGCGCAUAUACUGAAUUUUAACAAAAGGAACGGGGAAAGAGGGAGAGCCGGGGAGAGAGAGAGGAGAGGAGAGAGAGAGGGAGGGAGAGAGGUGAGGAUGCGAGCAGCGGAGUCCAUGUAGAACAUAUCUAGAGAUUUACAUUUAUAUUUCCACGGCGUGCGUGUCCGUGUGUGAGUGUGUGUGUGAGUGUGAGUGUGUGUGGCGGCGGCGGCGUUGGAGGGGGGUGGGGGGGAGGACACCCGCAAAACGGAUACCUCAAAAAAAGGAAGGAUGUGAAAAAGGAUGGAGGGACGCAGGAAAAGAAGAGGGGGGACCGGCGGCUGCUGCUGAGAAACGGCGCCCUCUCUUAGUGCGAUAUAUAUCUGCCUCCCCCCCCUCGGCAGGUUGCCAUGGUCGCCAUACCCACUCUCUCUCUCCUGUUGGUCCUGGCAGAGUGGGCGGGUCCGGUGGAAGCGUCCCCCCACCUCCUGCUCCGGCCGAGCCCUCGGGAGCGCGACGCCGGGGCCAUGAUGAACUUCAACAUCGCCGUGAUCCACGCUGGCGCUACGGUGCAGGCGGAGGCGGCGGUGGCGGGGCCCGGGGGGAGGGUGCUCUACCCCGGCUUCGGUCGGGUCUACGGCUCCCUGGGGGAGAGCGUGGUCACCCAGUGGGGCUCUGCUAACGUCAUCUGGCUACAGGUGAAUGACAGCAGUCCUAAGACGGUGCUGUCCCAGCUGUGUGAGCUGCUGGCGGCGCGGCCCCUGCAGGGUCUGGUCUACGAAGAGGAGCGGCCCCCCAGGACCGCUUGGGGCCCUCUGGCCCCCAUGCUGGAGUUUGUCUCUGCCCAAACAGGACUGCCCAUAGUGGCUGUAGGAGGGGGAGCGGGGCUGGGGAGGAUGCCACAGGAAUCAGGUUCCGUCUUUCUCCAGUUCAGCUCCUCCACGGCGCUGCAGCUGGAGGUCAUCUUCGAGGUGCUGGAGGAGUACGACUGGACCGCCUUCUCCGUGGUGUCCACCCGUCACCACGGCUACCAGGACUUCCUGUCGGUGGUGGAGGGCCUGACGGACGGCUCGUUCAUCGGCUGGGAGAAGAAGAGCGUGGUGAUCCUGAACGUGACCGACGACCCCGGCGGGGCUCGAACCCGCCGCCUGCUGAAGGAGAACGAGGCGCAGGUCCGUCUGCUGUACUGCUCCCAGGAGGAGGCUGAGCUGGUGUUCCGGGCCGCCUGGGCCGCCGGUCAGGCCGGAGCGUCCCACAUGUGGUUCGCCGUGGGCCCGGCGCUGUCGGGUCUGGGCAUGGAGAGCCUGCCUCGGGCCCUGUUCGCCGUCAGGCCCCAGGGCUGGAGGGACGAACCCCGCCGGAGGAUCGAGGGGGUGUCGGUGCUGACCCACGGGGCCGUGGCUAUGAGGAAGGAGUACGGGACCACCGGAGGACCAAACUUUGUCACCAACUGCAUGACGGACGCCAACCAGACCCAGAGGCUCAGAGGGAGGAUGAGGUACUUCAGCAACAUCACGCUGGGCGGCAGAGAUUACUCCUUCAACAUCGACGGAUACCUGGCCAACCCCUUCCUGGACGUCAUCUCCUGGUCACCUGGACGAGGAUGGGAGGAUGUAGGCUGGUGGGAGAACGGCGUGCUGAGGCUCCGGUAUCCCGCCUGGUCGCGUUACGGACCGUUCCUCAAGCCGCCCGACGACGCCCAGCACCUCCGAGUCGUCACCCUGGAGGAGAGGCCGUUCGUCAUCGUGGAGCUGGCCGACCCGGCGUCCGGAACCUGCAUCCGGGACUCCGUGCCCUGCAGGAGGCCGCUGAACGCCAGCGCCCUCCAUGAAGGCGUGGCUCCCAUGAAGCAGUGCUGCAAAGGUUUCUGCAUCGACAUCCUGAAGCGUCUGGCCAAGAUCGUGGGCUUCACCUAUGACCUCUACCUGGUGACCAACGGGAAGCACGGCAAGAAGAUCGACGGCGUUUGGAACGGCAUGAUCGGAGAGGUGGUGUACAAGCGAGCAGACAUGGCCAUCGGCUCGCUGACCAUCAACGAAGAGAGGUCGGAGGUCGUGGAUUUCUCUGUCCCCUUUGUGGAGACGGGGAUCAGCGUCAUGGUCUCCCGUAGCAACGGAACAGUCUCACCGUCCGCCUUCUUAGAACCCUACAGUCCAGCCGUUUGGGUGAUGAUGUUCGUCAUGUGCCUGACCGUGGUCGCUGUGACCGUCUUCAUCUUUGAGUUCUUCAGUCCCGUCGGCUACAACCGAAGUCUGCAGACCGGCAAGAAGUCUGGAGGCUCCACGUUUACCAUCGGGAAGUCCGUGUGGCUGCUCUGGGCCAUCGUCUUCAACAACUCGGUGCCGGUGGAGAACCCGAGAGGAACCACCAGCAAGAUCAUGGUGCUGAUCUGGGCCUUCUUUGCCGUCAUCUUCCUGGCCUCCUACACCGCCAACCUGGCCGCCUUCAUGAUCCAGGAGGAGUACAUCGACACGGUGUCAGGCCUCUCGGACAAGAAGUUUCAGCAUCCUGAGGAGCAGUACCCACCUCUGAAGUUUGGAACGGUGCCCAACGGCAGCACCGAGAAAAACAUCCGCUCCAACUACCCGGACAUGCACCAGUACAUGGGCAAAUACAACCAGAGAGGGGUGGAAGAUGCCAUCCUCAACCUGAAGACCGGGAAGCUGGAUGCUUUUAUUUAUGAUGCUGCAGUGCUGAACUAUAUGGCCAGGAAGGACGAAGGUUGUAAGGUGAUGACCAUAGGCUCGGGGAAGGUUUUUGCCACCACAGGCUACGGUAUCGCCCUGCACAAAAACUCACGCUGGAAACGUCCUCUUGACCUGGCACUGCUGCAGCUGGUGGGAGAUGAUGAGAUCGAGAUGCUGGAGCGCCUCUGGCUGUCUGGAAUCUGCCACAACGAUAAGAUCGAGGUGAUGAGCAGUAAGCUGGACAUCGACAACAUGGCUGGGGUUUUCUACAUGCUGCUGGUGGCCAUGGGCCUCAGUCUGCUGGUGUUCGCCUGGGAGCAUCUGGUCUACUGGAAGCUCCGCCACUGCAUGGCCACCAGCUCCGGGAAACUGGACUUCCUCCUGGCCAUCAGCAGAGGCAUGUACAGCUGCUGUAGCUUCGAGGAUGAGACGGCACCGGGCGGAGCUAAAUCUCUGCCGUCGCAUCACCACGCCGCCAUGGUCACGGUGCCGUCGCAGCCGCACGUGGUCUCCACGACGAUGACCAACCCAGCCAUCGCCAUGGCGCAACAGCAGCCACAGCCGCAGCAGCCGCAGCCCGUCUACAAGACGCCUCUGCCGGGCUCUCCUCCCACCGUGGUGCAUUCUGGGACAGCACUGGGUCCCUCCAACACCCCCAUUGCCGGCGCGCCCCUCCCCUGCUCCACCUUCCUGCCCCGGCCGGACCGCCGGCUGGCCGUGGUGGAUCGCUGGAGGCUUCCGAAGUCGGCCACGGCCACCAACCCAAUGGCCGUGAGGGGGGGCAUCGCUGACAUGGGACCCUUUGCUCAGAAAGUCCCUCCAAACUGGGCUUCGACUGCUGGAGGGGGUGGGGGACUAGACGGCUACAAGAGGUACUAUGGUCCCAUUGACCCUGAGGGACUGGGGCCCUGCAUGGAGCAGCAGGCAGGGUCCCAGACCCCCAAGACUAUGCCAAGGGGCCACCCCCAGCCCCCUCCAGCUAGUGUGGCCUUCUACUCAGAGAAGGGCAUGGACCACGGGGUGGGGAAGAGGGUGGUGGGAGGUGGCAGCGGAGGUCCGGGGAAGGGGGCUGCUAAACCUCUGGGCACGCCCAGACUGCCUCCUAAGAGCCAGGCCCCUCUGCCCCCUACACCCCCGCUGCCACACCCCUCUCCCCCUCUCCCCUCAUCCUUCUGGAGGAAGCGCCGGCCCAAGAAGCCCAAAGAGCCCGGCGGGCCGCUGUACGAGAACAUCCUGCCGCUGGGCCGGAGGGGGGGAGCGCGAGACGGGGGGGUGAGGGAGGGAGGAGGCAGGAGGCCCCGCCCCCUGUCUCCCCCGCUCUCCCUCCCGGUCCCGGUGCCCCUCAGCCCCUCCUACACCCCGCCCUCCCCCUCCGUGUCCCUGCACUACACGUCCUCAUCCUCGUCCUCGACCACCUCGUCCACCUCCACCUCCUCCUCCGCCUCCUCGUCCCGCUCCUCCUCCCCCACCUACUCCUACAGCUCCUCCAGGAGCACCAGGGACCGGACCGGCGGCAUCGACGGCGAGGAUGACGACGACGACGACCAGCUGACGGAGGAGUCCAGCCUCCUGCUGGGCCGGGGGAGGGAGAGGGAGCGCUCCAUCAUCCGGCCUCGAUCCCUCAGCCACGGCCGCCUGCCACCUCCCAUCCCACCCAGGAAACCUCGCACCUCCUGGGGAGACCGGGAGAGGGAGCGGGAGAGGGAGAGGGGAGGCAGCCAACUGUCGCAGCUCCAGGAGUGGUGGGCGAGCUGGAGCGAGAGGGAGAGGGGUGGACCAGGGGGAGAAUCCGAGAGGCAGAAGAGGGAGAAGAAGAGGAGGAAAGAGAAGGAGAAGGAGAAGAAGAAGAAGAAAAAGAACAAAAAGAGGAAAAAGAGGGAGGAGAGGGAGAGGGAGCGCGAGAGGGAGAGGAAGCGCAGGAAGGUGAAAAAGAAGAAGAAGAAGGCGCUGAAGACAAAGAAGAGAAAGAAAUCGACCGGAGGGAAACGUUCAGAGCCAGAGGAGGGAGACGUCGAGGCAGAGAGGGAAGGGGAGGCCGAAGGGGACAGGGAAGGAGGGAUGCAGGACUACUCCUCGUUUUCUGCCCAGUAUCGGGGCACAUUCGGGGACAAGGGUCGGGAUUCAUGGGAUGGCGAUAGAGGCAGGAGGGAAGGAGCAGAGGAGGGUAACGACCGGGAGGAGGAGGACAGCAGCAGGAGCAGGGAGAGGCGACCCAAAUCCUCCCACUCCAGACACCGAACACCCAGCAAGCGCUACCCCAACCUGAACAAGCUCCCAGCGUCCGUCAAGUUCUGGGUGAACGGGCGAGGAGACAACACUCCUCCCACCUCCCUCCAUCCUCUCCUCCCCAGCUCCAAGCGGCGGCGGAGCGGAGGGAUGGACCGGGAGGACAGCGGCCGACUCGGAGAGCGGCGUCCUCUGCUGAUGCAUUACGAGAAAGAGAAAGCACAGACGAGAGAAGGGCUGUCCUUCCCCGAGUGGGACUCCGAGGACGACGACGACGAUGACGAGGAGGAGGAGGAGGAGAGAGAUAGGGUGAGGGAGCGGGCGGAGGACAGGGGUAGGAGGGCAGGUAGGGGGGCAGUUUCAGAGUCAGAGAGGGACAGGGCCAGAGCAGAGGACAGCUACUCGGACGACGGUUCAUCGGGGGAGUUUGGUCGGUUUGAGAGGUACUGGGAGGGCGGCGAGGGAGGCAGCAGCGGCGGCAUCGGGGGAGGCUGGUUCUUCGGCACUUACCCCUCCAGGGAGAAAGGGGGCAGCAUCAACAGUCGAGACGACUCGCUGCUGGGGACUCGGGCGGAGGGCUGGAUCGGUAGUGAUUUCUGGGGGUCGGGGCCUGGCAUCGGCUGGGGGUCCGGGGGUGGAAGCGGAGGCCUGGGCUCACAGUGGCCGCCGCCCCCGGCUGCCUUCCCUCCGCCCCGGAGAUACUGGUCCAUGGACAAGAUUCCCGUGAAGGGAGAGAAGAAGUGGAAGAGCGGCGGAGGGAAGAGCAAGGGCCGGAGCCGGGAUCGAGGGGACGAAGCAGGACGGGCCACCAUGUGCUCCUGCAGCCUUUACCCCCAGCCCCACCCGUACCCCCACUCCCACAGCCGCUCCCACGCCUCCCACUCCAAGAGAGGAGCCACGGCGCUGUCCCACAGCCAGGAGGAGCUGCUCCCCCACUGCCACAGCUUCAGCGGGGGCUCCCGACCCAAGCCUCUGCCCCCCAAACCAGAUCAGGCCAAAUCAGGCAGCCAGUCUAACCUCAGCCUCAGCACACAGCCCGCAGACCACCCGCCUCAGCCCUCGCCGUCGCCGCCCCAGCAGCCCUCCAUGUCUCCCACCUCCCUCCCGAUGCCCAUUCCGCCUCCGCCCUCCUCGUCCUCCAUGUCGCCACCAGCAGGGGUCGGGAUGGCGGGUCAGGCUCAGGCCUCCGCCAGCGCCAAGCUCCAGUACCAGAGACUGCGCUCAGUGCCACAGCCACGGAGGUUCUACUCGCCCCACCUGCCUCUCAAAGCCAAGAGCCUGUGCUCCCGUCGAGGGUCAGCCCACUUCUCCAGCCUGGAGAGCGAGGUAUGACAGGGGGACAGGAGAGAGGGAGACGUGGGAGCGAGCACCAUUGCGAUUGAGACCCACGGCGCCGUGGCAGCGGGAGACGGAGACGACGACGCCGCGGCGACCAUCGGGGAUCAACUGGACACCAUCACCUCGGGAACUGAUGUGGACGGCAGCUCCGUCGGCGCUCUGUGUGAGAGCAACGCUGCCGCCUCCCGGUCCAUCGUACGCGUCCUCGUGAGGGCGACGGUGAGACGCCACACCAGGGUGAGCUACGUCCGUCUGGACGGCUCCCACGACGACGAGAGCGAAGGCGAGGCUGCGUCGCCGGGGACGACGGCCCCAGAACUUCUCCUCUGCUCAGAGAUGAGCUUUGUGAUGUCAUCUUCGGUUCUCCUCCCCUCCCCGAGUCACAACUGUGGAUAACAGUAGUCUCCAACCUGUGAGUAAUGAUGUCAUGUUUGCACACACACACACACACACACACACACACACACACACACACACACACACUGAUGAUGCUCCGAACGUCUCCCUCCCUCUGGCUUUGAACUCACCUCGUGGGAUAAGGAGGGUCCCACCUUCUCCCAAAAAGAUGCCAGUGAUUGGUCACUAGAGUCUGGCUCCCUGUCCUCAUUGGCUGUUGGCUCUUGGCUCUGACCCGGACCGGCGGACUGCUUCUCGGAGAGACUCGUCGCUCUUCUUCCCUUUUGUAAAUCAGUCGAAAAGCAAUGCAGUCACCUCUCUCUCUCGUGCACUGCCUGCCUGGCCGUCGCUUGCCGGGCAGUGCCGCCCGUUUGACCUCAUGACGCCAUCAGACCCACCUAGCUCUACCCCAGGACCAUCUACGUGAUGUCAUGUUUUACUAGAAAAACCCUUUUAACCAAUCAGAGUGAACCAGAAACGCUCCUGCUCUGCCCCGUCGGAGCUUGUCGCCUCCGGUCCGACCAGAACUCAAUCAAAACUGAACUUUAAAAAGAGAAAAAUUACACUAAGAACAAAAAAGACAUGUAGCAGAUUUUUUCCUUUCACGUCUGUCUUUUCUUUUCUUUCGUAUUCGGACUUUUUCUCCUCCACCUGUCCCCUCUUUUUUAUUCUAUCAGUAUACUUCUCUGACUGUGUUAGUGUUUUAAUAAAGAGGAAGCUGGAUGUGGCUCGUGUUGGAAGUGGGAACGACUCAACAGCAGUGCCAAAUUUCCACUUAAGAGCUUUUAAGCAUGAUUUAAGCAUGACGGUUCUCGAGUAAUUUGCUUUCACAGAUAAAAAAAAAAUCCCAUCUUAGCAUAAUUCACCCUCAUGCAAGUGGAUCAAGGGGUGGGGGGAUGAUUGGUGCAAUAUCUGUAAUUGGCACUAGAUGGCUGCAUAAUAUUCAAAUAAGCUCCAGACACAGUUGUGCAAAAGGCUUCUGGUUAGUUUAAUCAUUGUGGCUCCGCGAUGCAGAGCAGCGGGUUGAGCUUUAUUACCUUUAUAAAAAGUGGCCAGUCAGGAUUUAUUCCCCGGAAUAAUCGAGCGCGGUGCAUCGCAGGAGCCCUCCAAGGACGUGGCUCCGUGUCGCUGCUGUAUUGUACCCGUGCAGAGUUUGUAGAUGAUGGAUUAUACGAAGCACAAUUCCUUCAUUGUAUUCCUCAGCUGUAAAUGCACAAUCACGCUAGCUCGGCGGAAGUUAUCUGCUUAUUUUUUCCUCUUUUCUUUUGCAAAUAAGACUGACUGAGCAACAUACUGUGAACGCUUCGAGGUGCACACACACAACAGCUGAGUCUUUAGUCGGCGAUAAAGUCCCGUUAUCCAGAUUAUCAGAUGACUGUUUGACUCUGAGCAAUAUUCCCACCUUCAAUGUGACAGGGAUGCGACGGCCGGCGCACCUUUUCUGCAUCUGUGCAAAAAAAUAAGGAAAGAGAUUUUUAAAAAAGCGCCUUGAUCGGAGUCUGAUGUCGUUUCCUCACCGGUGUUGAAGAAAUUUCACUCUUUGUCCUUGGAAGUUUGCUGUAGUGGGGUGUUUGUUGGAGUCCACAAUUUAUAGGGAUGGUCAGAGGGUAGGGAGGGGUGAAGAGUGGUUAAUUUGGGUGCUAAUCAGUAACAGAGAGUAAUACGACCCAACCGCUAGGGUCUAAUAUCCAGCUGUAGUUAGUUUAGGGAAAGCAAUUUAUUGUUCAGUGACAAAUUAAAACAAAAGCCCAGCGAUACUACAAAGAAAAGAGAGCUUUUGGAUGCUGCUAAACCAUACAAAGGCUAACAGAGUUUGUAAACUCGCAGAACACAAACAGAACAACUAAACUCCUUAGUCAAACCUAAACACAACAGCAACACCCACCACAAACAACAGAAACAAAUACAAACGAGUGCUGAGUGCGCAUAAUUAACUGAAUAAAACUGGUGUCUCAAAACACACACAUUUAACACACAACAUGCAAAGACUCGAGUCACAAGUAGAUUAUCACCAAAGUUAGCGGGCUGCUAACAGAAGCUACCAGUCUUUACGAGGACUGACAGCUCCUCACCGAAACAGCAGCUCGAAAUGUGUGUAAUCACCCCUCAGCGGCUACAUAGGAACACAAGCAAAACACAGAGGCACCAGGAUGAACAGAAGGCAAGACAAUAAAGAACAGAAGGUGGUUGAAUCAAGAGGUCUGGGUAGGCUGCAAAAAGUAAGAGAUGAGAUGUCUGGCAGACAGCAGCAAUCAACAACUGCUCGGGUCUAAUAAUCAGAUGUAGUGAGUUUAGGUAAAGCAAUUUAUUGCUCAGUGACAAAUUAACACAAAAGAACAGCGAUACAACAAAGAAAAGAGGGCUGGUGGAUGCUGCCAAAUUAAACCAAAAGACGGCUAACAGAGUUCUUAAACUAGCUACACACAAACAAAGCAACUAAACUUCUUAGCCAAACCUGAACACAACAGCAACACCCACCACAAACAACAGAAACUUACACAAACGAGUGCUGAGUGCGCAUAAUUAACUAAAUAAAACCGGUGCCUCUAAACACACAACAUGCAAAGUCACAAGUAGCUUCUCGCCGAAGUUAGCGGCUUGCUAACAGAAGCUCUAAAUGUCCGUGGUCACCCCUCAGCGGCUACAUAGGAACACAAACAAAACAGAAAGAGGCACCAGGGUGAACAGAAGGUCAGACAACAAAGAACAGAAGGUGGUUGAGUCAAGAGGUCUGGCAAACAGUUGCAUAAAGAAAUGAAAAGUCUGGCAGACAGUAGCAAAAAACCAAAGCUAAAAGAAUUGUGGAUAACUGUGGGAAGUAGACUGGUAUCUGUAGGAAAAGGUGUGUUGCUUUCUUCAUCACCGGCAAGCGGAGAGCUUUCAUCUAAUUUGGUCGGACGGGAUGAAUCCCGGCUCGGUGAUUUGUGGCGAGCCGUGCCAAAAGCCAUCUAACUGUGUGAACUGUGUUUCCAUGAAGCCGGCAGCGUCUCUCACACUAAGACCAGCCACAGCCCAGCUCUUCUUCUGUCGUAGGUGAAUGUAGCUUUGACAUGAUGUAGCAACAAGAAACACCCACUCUUAGACUCUAUAGCUCUGUGGACGGACGGAUGGACGGACGGAUGGAUGGACGGAUGGACGGACGGACGGACGGGCGGACGGGGCCGUGUUUGUGCAUGUCGUCACAGAUCGAAGGGUUAGUCGACCUUCUUUUUAACUCCAGACUGUACCUUUUAUCUGCACAUGGAUUGCUUUUUUUCUACGCGGGGGGCAGUUUUUAAAAAGUCUUUGUUUCUAGAGAUUUUGCCCCGCCUCGGCCCGCCCCCCCCGCAGUCAUUGCAUGUUUAGCUGAAUGAAAAAUCUCAGAGGUUUGUGGUUGGGAGGGUUUGUUUAGUGUAGCUGAAACGCUUAGGACCCAGGACCAGAGCUCGCUCUACUCUGCACCCCGACAGCGGAAACCACGGCAACAGUUCGACUGCUUCACCUGUAGUAGAACACAGAUUACUUUCAACCAAUCAACAGGGCUUAAACCUGGUGUGUCACUGAGCAUUAUUGAUUUCUAUCGAGGCGCUAAUACUUAAGUCUGUGACUGCAUGAACAGAAGUGACUCUUAAAAAGAAAAGAAAAAAACCCUCUGGCUUAUUUUAUUUAUUUUUUGUUAUUUUUGAUUUUCUUGCUGAGAAAAAAGAAUAUAUUAAAAUAUACUAUGUUUUUGAGAAUGUACCAUGUUAUACUGUGAUUUAACUGAGAUAUUUUAUUGUAUUCAUUUGAAUUCUAUCAUUUAUCUAUGAAGAAAUAUAUAUGUACAAAUAAAUAUAUACAUAUAUAUACACACAGGUAUAUAUAUAUUAGUUAAGUUUGGUAUAUUUGGAGGAAGUGUUAGAUGAAAUAGUUUUAAAUGUUUUAGCUUUGUAGCGAUUCUAGACACUGAAAUCAUUUUUGAAUUUUGAUUCCUCCUAUAUGACUGUGAAGACAUUAGUGCCUGUGACAAAAAAGACAAGUAAAAGUCUAAACUCUCUAUUCAUCUGUAUCUACUCUAGCUACCAGUCUGUCACUCCUCUAGUACUACCUAACAUCACUUUCUCACAUCACUCCGUCUGCUGCUCUCCUUUCCUUCCUCCUGGUUUCUCAUUAAGAGGCGACCAACAUCCUCCACCUCUCCUCCUCUAAAAACCUCCACGCCGAUCGCAUCUCUCUCUUAAUUACUCCAUCCAUUGACCUUUGCUUUCCUCCUUUGAUCACUUUCUUUCUGUCCUUUUUCCUCCACAAUCAGCUCAUCCCUCUGUCUGUCUCUCACUUAGCAAAAAACAGAGACCAGUAGAUACUGUGUUCUUGCUCCUUUUGACUGAUUGUUGAUGAUGAUCAAUUAACUGAUUGAUGAAAUAAUUAAUGAACAAUGUUACUCUUACUGAUGUGACUGAAGUGUGUAUCUGACGACCACACCACUGUAGCAAGUCUGGGCUGCACCACACCACCACCAGCGAGCAAGUGGGGGCGCAGUUGCUAUGGCGUUCUCAUGGCGUUGCCAUGGUGUCCUCCGCACCGCCACCACCUGGUGCCUGCUGGGUAAUAUAGCAUAAUGUCUCUGGUCAGAGCGCUGCAGCUGCCCUCCGCUCAGCGCCGACCUCAAUGACCGGGACGUCGGACAGAACCGCCGAGGGGCAGCACGGCGGUCUGAACCCGUCUGGACCGGACUGGCUCGGCUCGGCUCGGUGUUGGUCCUGCAUCCAUCAUUAUCCCCCCUGUUGUCCUCAUUUAUGGGCACCAAGAAAUAUAGUUUCCUUGUCUGAAAAAUUCCAAAAAUUCAGCAAAAAAAUUCCCCAAAUUUCCGGAAAUUUGCAAAACCUUCAGGAAGAAAAUUCCAAAAAAUCCUUAAAAGUUUUAUUUAAAAAACAAUCCCACAAAUUUGGCAAGAAAGUUCUUGUAAAUAUUUUCCAAAAAUGAGUAAAAUUCUUCCAAAAAAAAAAAUCCUAAAAAUAUCUAAAGUGAUUACAUAUAUAUCAGUAAAACUACUAAUAUUUUCUUAAAGAACAUUCACAACAAAUCUAUUUUUUUGUGAAUGUUCUAAAGAAACAUUUUUAAUAUUUCUUUUAAUAAUAUGUCAAAAAUUUGGACAUCAGAAGUUUCGCUGUGAAAAUAUGUAUUUUUUCCCCACAUUUUCAAACUUCAAAACGAGUUAAUUUCUGAAAAAACUCUAAAAAUUCAGCAAAAAAAAUCCCCAAAUUUCUGAAAAUUUGCAAAACCUUCAGGAAUAAAAUUCCAAUAAUUCCUUAAGUUUCCCUUAAAAGUUUUAUUUAAAAAAAAUCCCUAAAUUUGGCAAGAAAAGUCUUGUAAAUAUUUUCAAAAAAUGAGCAAAAACCUUCCAAAAAAUCUAUUUUUUUGUGAAUGUGCUUAAGAAACAUUUUUAGCAUUUUUUUUCUCCACCAAAAAAUGUUCAAAAAUUUCCUAAAAAUGUUGAAAAUGUGGACAUCAGAAGUUUCACUGUGAAAACAGAUAUUUCUUUCCAGAUUUUCAAACUUUAAACCGGUUCAGUUUUGACCUGCAGGACGACAUGAGGGUUAAAUCAUCAGUCUGCUCUGCAUGUUGACGGCGUGAAACCAGUCGGCUGCCCUCCUGACGUGAACCCUCUGAACUCUCAUUUUUCUUCACCGACGUUCAUCUUUCACUUCAAUAAAAGUCCUGCAGCUCCGUGGAAACAGAACAAGAAGGAGAAAGAACUCAGAAAUGUCACAGUACGGACAAAAUGAAAGUGGAGUUUCCAAAAUCAGAUUAUUUUUUUUCAAAUUUUACCUAAUUUGAUUAUUGGCAGCUUAAUUGUCAGUCUCGGUUGUAGAAUUUAUUUAGUCUUUUUAUUAGAAUCUGGUGCAAAAACUCAGAUUCUUUUUAACGAGACGUGUAGAAUAAAGUGAUUUUGAUGAGCUAUCACAAUUUUGAACUGAUAUUCUGGAGAUAUAACAGCACAGCAACCGACUCAAAGCUCUAAAUAUGACGAUUUAAAAAAAAAUUCUACUUAAUUUGAUUAUUGACAGAUAAAUAGUCGGUGUCAGUUGGAGAAUUUUUCCUUUUUUUUUUUACAGAAUCUGGUGCAAAAAGUCAGUUUUUUAAUGAGAACUGGUGAAUUUUCUAGUUAGAAUCAUCAGCAGCCAUCUGAACGUUUAAAACAUGAUGGUAGAUUUGACCGAAUGUGACUUCUUGCAGAUAAACGCUCCGUCUCUUCUUGUUUUUUAAUGAGACGUGUAGAAAAACUUUGAGUAUUUUUUCCAUCACAAACACAAUUAGUUCAAGGAAAGCUGAACAUCUGAUGAUUCUCUCUUCUUUUACAGUUUCUGGCUGAUAAAUGGAGAUUUUUCCAAAAAGAAAAGCGUCAGUUUUGGGGUUCAGAGGGUUAAAUCCGUGUGCAGAGGAGCAUGACACAGUAUUGCAUGAACCGCUGCAGCAUGACUCUGUGGAGCUUCUUCCUCUGCUUGUUUUUCAUCUGCUGCUAUUUCUGAAGAACACACACACACACACACACUUUGCAGCGCAUGCAUAUUUAACACGCUCACAUCACUCAGGCAAUGAUCCUCAUCCUCCGCUAGACCUCGCUGAGCAUCGCCUCCAGCCGCCCGAUCGCCUCAAACAUUUCUUCAGAGCGUCUUUUGACAAAUACUAGGCCCAAAACGACAGAAGCGAGACACAAAACAACAAAAAUGAGGCACAAAGCAACAAAAACGAGACAGAAAACACUAAAAACAACACAUAAAAUGACAAAAACGAGACACGAAAUGACAAAAACGAGACAGAAAACACCAAAAAAGCAAGAUAUAAAAUGACGAGAGGAAACGACCAAAACAGACAAACAACAAAAAUGAGAAAUAAUGACAAAAACGAGACACAAAAUGACAGAAACAAGACAAAACAACAAAAAUGAGACACAAAAAGACAAAAACUAGACACAAAAUGACAAAAAUAAGAAACAAUGACAAAAACGAGACACAAAAUGACAAAAACAAGACACAAAAUGACAAAAACGAAACACAAAACACCAAAAAAACAAGACAUAAAAUGACGAGAGGAAACGACCAAAAGAGACAAAAUGACAAAAAUGAGACAUAAAAUGACAAAAAUGAGACACAAAGCGAAAAAAAUAGACACAAAACGACAAAAAUGAGAAAUAAUGACAAAAACUAGACACAAAAUGACAAAAUAGAGAAAUAAUAACAAAAAUGAGACACAAAAUGACAAAAACAAGACAUAAAAUGACAAAAAUGAGAUACAAAAUGAUAGAAAUGACACAAAACAGCUCAUUCCUUCAGAGCUUCUUUUGUGAAUUCUGGUCGCUGUCAUUCGUCACACUUCACCUCAUGAUUUGUCCGAUCUUUUCCGAGCCGGUCCAGUCUGAUCCGGUCCGGUCCAGUCCGGUCCAGUCCGGUCCAGUCCGGCGUCCACCAUCCUCUCUCCUGAUUGGCCCGUGACCUGGGAGCCAACACGUGUGCCGCUCCAGAAUUCAAACAGGGUCCUCAUUGGCUGAGAAUCGGCCGUGAAUUAUAUCAAGGAAAUUACAGGAGUGCCACACGUGGCCCUCGUCAGGUCCUGGUCUGCUCCUCCUCCACCACCAGGGCGGCGGCGGCGGCCCACAGGAACCAGUGUGAGGCGCUGCGGUAACCCUGCCGACUCCACAGGCUUACUUCCGGGUUGCUAGGCGGGUUGCUAGGCGGGUGAUGUUGCUCCGAGCCCAGACUGGUCUGGUCUAUGCCCUGAUUUAAAUGUGUUCGUUUAUUUGACAUUGUCUGUCUGGGGUGGGGCUGGAGGGUCAGUGCUGCACUUACUUCCUGAGAAUUGCUUCAUAAAAUAUGAUUCUCUUUAAUUAA